AUGGUGCAGGAGAAGACAGACGGGAUAAACAAAGACAUUGUCCUUCCACCGAUUCGGCUGAAUAGAGCCGCUUCGUCACUGGGGUUGAAGAUCAAGAAAAAGCUGAUUGCGCCUCCCCGUCUGGGCAAGUUCAGACCAACCGUGGGCCAAUGCUGCCACCAGUGCACACCAGACAGUCUGCGCACCAACCUCAGACAAAACUCUUCGCUUGGCUUCCGAAACCUGCUGAGCGUCAACGAGACACAGACCAGGUAUCGUGGCUGGCUGGUGCGCAGGGUCUGCUUCGCCCUGUUCGUGAGUGGGCGCAAGGUUGACGGGAGUCCUGUUAGCAACAGGCUGGAGAGAGUCUGUCAGAGCAACAGGGUGAGGGAAGCGCUUACAGCAGAGCAAGAAGCAUCCGAGGGGGGAGACGGCCAAGGGCAGCUCAGACUCCUCUCACCGUUCCAUGCCCUCAUUAACACCUGCAUUUCCUCUGGUGCCUUAAGGUUCGUAUGCUGGGCGAUGCUGAAGAUGUUUUCCUCCACGUUCUGCAGCGUCGAAGUUAACCUCAACCAUCUGUCGGCUUUGCACAGAGCCUCGCAAGAGGGAUCUCCGCUGGUUUACGUGCAUGUGCGUCAGAGCGCCGCGGACUGCGCUCUCAUCCCUCUCGUGCUCUUCUGUCACAACCUGAGAGUGCCGUACACUGUUUAUCCUCUCCAGAUGAACAGCUCCUCCCUAAGAUCAAUCCUGCAGAAGGUCGGUGUCGUCCUCCUGCCGCCUUCUGCUCUGACUGAGCAAGAUGCUGAGAUGGACGCUCUGUACUCACCUGUCGUGACCUCUCUUGUACGUGAGCUGCUACAUGAGGGCCAGGCCAUGAGCGUCGGCGUGUCGUCGGAGUCGGGCCAGGGAGGCCAGUGGCUGGCUCGCAUCAUCCAGCUCAUCAAAGAGAGAUCUGUCCCCGAUGUCAGUCUGGUCCCCGUGGGCAUCUCCUACGACUGUGUGCCCAAGACCGACGUACAGGUGGAUGUUGGCUUGAGGUCCGUGUUGCAGUGGAUGGUGUCCUUUCUCUGGCGAAGACCAAAAGGAUGUGUGAGGAUCCACUUUGCCAAGCCCUUUUCUCUUAAGGAGAUGUGCGAGUCCGGGAGGUGUAGAGUAGACGAAUGGCUCCCUCUUCAGGACCUGUUGCUUCCUGUAAUCCUCAACAACAGAACUGAAAGCGUGUUCGGGAAAAGGAACAUGUCGUGGCUCCUGCCUUCUUCUCAUUAUGCAUCUGAACUCGACCAGCCGGGUCAUCCAGACAGAAACCUCAGCGUUGCCAUCAUCCAUCACCUCAUCUUCUCUGCAACUUCCUGCAUGGCUGUGAUGGCCACCGGUGUCAUGUCCAGUCUUUUGCUGCACAGACACCGCAAGGGCGUGAGUGUGUCUGGCCUGUGUCGUGACGUGGACUGGCUCGUCGACGAGCUCUUGUUGAGGAACAGAGACGUCGGCUUUGGAGGAACUUUAGCCAACGUCGUCCGCUACUCCCUCUCUCUGCUCGGCCCUCACCUCAUCAUCGCCGCCGUGCCGUCCAGGAAUGACCCUUUCAUCAUGCCCCGUCCAUCCCUUGCUGCCACACUUCACCUCUUCCUCCAGGCCCAGACUGUCACGCACACCUUUAUCCUGGAAGCAGUUGGAGCAUGUGCGGUGUCGGCCAUGCUGUGUGAGGUGGCUUUCAGCGGCGUCAGCAGCAGGGUGAGGAGCGACGGCGUGCAGGGGGACGAGGUCAGAGGGGACAUGGAGUUUGAUGUGGUGCUCUGCCAAUCCAACCUGACUGAGAGAGCCUUGCAGCUCUGCCAUCUCCUGCCGCCGGGCUUCAUGCCACCCUGUCAGUCGUCCCAGAAUUUCGCUCUGGAUGCCGUUGACAGUCUGGUACGCUGUGGCAUCCUGAUCAUGGAGGAAAUUCCCAGGGACCAUCCCGUCUGUGACUUCUGGAAGAAGGAGGGUAUUCUGAGCUGGACCACCACUGACGACCCCUACCACAGCGAUUCUGACUGCGAGGAGCAGGACCUGCGCUCCUACAAGAUAAGCCAGCCGAGUCAGUGUCCUGAGAUGCUCUUCUUCCUCUGCAGCAUGCUGGCCGGACACCUGAGGGCGCUGUGCUGGACCACCGUGGCACUGGACCACAUGGACACACCUCUGGCAGGAGCCGAGUUCGUGGCUCGGGUACACUCCCAUCUGCGUGACACAGCAAAUGAGAAGAAGCAGCACUACGAGAGCUGCUCAGAGGAGGCGGCACACACCGCGGUUAGAACACUAAUAGACCUCGGGGUCCUUUCGGAGGAGCGUCAGGAGGAAGGCGUUCUCCUGGGUGUUCGUCCUUUGUUCCAGCUGUCAGAGAACAGGCAGAAGCUGCACGGCUUCAUCUCGCAGUACCUCUUCAAUUAA